AUGCGUUCAGUUGUUGGAAGCCUCAGCCUAAGGAUACGAGCUGAGCCACACAAAGUCUCCCGUGAGCAGCAGAAGGAGGAAGCUGACGGAGGACCUUCACGUCACAGACACAGGCUGGAGCCACGUCCCAGAAGGCCUCAUUCUCCAGACUCUCCAGCUGGUGACCCCCUUUUUUUUUUUAGCCUCUCCCCUUGCUGCAAGCUGCUUGUGUCGCUGAGCUGAGCGAUGAAGAUCCCUGUGUGGUACCUGCUGGUGCUGCUGGCGAGUGUCUUCACCCCCGGACGCGGCGACUGCCAGGGGGAGUGCGUGGCCUGCGGAGCCCUCCUGCAGCAGCAGCAGCUGCCGCAAGCCUUCAACGCCUUGGUGUGUUUUCUGGAGUGUGAGGGCGGCGUCUCCUCCUCGUUCACCUGGGAGGUGUGUCAGCGCGCCAUGAAACUGUCCCGCCGCCCCUCCCUCCCUGGAGGGGGCGCUGUGCUGGGCAGGACGGGAGAGGGGCUGGAGCUCACCUAUCUGGACAUGAACCCUGACAGCCAGCUGCCGCAGUCCGCCGCCGCCGCAGAGCAGGACGGGGCGCCCUUUGAGCAGCGCAGCGCCCCGUAUGACUCAUCGCUGCUGGAAUCCUCCGAGGGGGAGGAGGUGGAGGAGGAGGGGGAGGAGGGCCCGCUCGGUUGGCAUCCGAGUCUGUCGGACGGCGAGGGGAUGCCGAGGGAGGAGAGGAACGUGGGGAGCGACGGCCAGCCGGAGGGGCUGAGAGGGCAGGAGGCCUCGGGGGCCGUCACCUUGUCCAAGCGCUUUGGCGGCUUUCAGAGGGGGCGCCACGGAUACAGGAAGCUGAUCGGCUCGUCCAUGAGGCCCCUGCAGAAGCGCUACGGCGGCUUCAUAGGCGUCCGGAAAUCUGCCCGCAAGUGGAACAGUCAGAAGCGGGUGAACCAGCUGCUGAGGCAGUACCUGGGCCUGAGGAGCAGCCGCAGCGGCAGGGUCGGCUACGCCCCGGUGACUCGGGUGUGGAGGCAAAACCAACUGUAAUGCUUUUUCCGUUUGCUCACUCAAUCAAUCACGCCUUCAUCAGCCCACUCACGCUUUGAUGAGCAGCGUGAUGAGCUUCCCUUCGAGCACAUUUUCAUGCCAUCCUGUGAAAUAAAAGAAUUAGAGAAGUAAAAUGGAACAUAUAUUUUUGUGUGUUGUGGGCGUAUUGAGCAAAGAGCCAAAUGACGGUUCUACUGCGAGCUUUUCACCAGAGGUGACCCCCGAGGGCGGGACAUUGAACGCCACGUUGAUGCGCUUUGUGUGGAUGGAGUUUUGCACUCUGUGUUGUGUGAGCUGUUACUAACGUUCAGUCCCCCCCCUUUAAAAUGGUAUUUGAGACAAAACACGCAGAUGAUGAGUUUGUCCCCCGGGAAGCAGCAGGCUCACAGGGCUCCUCCCAGUGGAGCAACACUGGCCUCUAGUGGUUGUGCAGAUGUUUCCCCAUCAAGGGCCUCAACAGAUGCUGAUCCCACAUGAAUGUCCUUCCCAGUAAAACAUACAAAUCAGACAGUUUGUGAAAAGUAUCAUUCCUCAAACUGACAGUGUCACUCGUGUCGGUUUAUUAGCCAUCAAAGGGACAAACAUGAUUUCAGGUUUUCAAGUUCCCGCCCCCUUUUUGAGCCUCCAAUUGUACAGAAGGAAAUAGCUGAAACACUUAAAAAUAACAUAGAAAAAGUAACCAAAUUAGUCAAAUUCAUGUAACUAUUUCCAGCUAACUCGGGCAAAGAGGAUGAAUUGACCCUUCGCUAAGUCCCGCCCUCAAACGCAGACGUCAUAACGGAAACGUUGGAGGGACAUUUACGUCUCCAGAGCACUUCUGUUCCUUUAGCUUUCCUCUGAGACGUCCGUGGUUCGUUACUCGUGACGUCAUCACAGGUUGGUGGCGGUAAAGCCGGGGGGCGGGGCUUAGCGAAGCACAUCGCAGGUUCAAGUCAACAACCACAGUGCUGUACCGCAGCUUCUCCACGCGGACCCCAAAGAUGAGCAUGAGGACGUUCUCGCAGUCUCUCACGCACCCUGAAGUCUAAAAAGUCAAAUGAGGUGUUUCUGCAAAGGAAAUCCGUUCUUUUCCAUCUUAACGGUGUUAGCGGUUGAUUGACGCGGCGUGAUGACGUCGGGUUUGAGUGCGCGCGUGACUGUAGCGUGACUGUGCACGUGCAUGUGUGCGUUUCUUUGUUCCCCCUGUGAAUACCGUGUAAAUUUCAGACUACAUUUCUAACAUGACACCAUUGUUCUGAGUCUUCAUACAAAAUGUGUAUAGAAAAAAAACACAAUAAAACAGUUUGCUAUUUA